CACUCCGGAGCGCCGCGGUGCGUGCCAAGGGCGGGGGAUUUGAACGGUUGGAAGAGAGCUCAGCGCUCCCGACAGGCUCGCUGAGACUUGACUUUCUGGUCCCCCUCGUUUGACUGACCCCAGUCGGCCGCCGAGUGCGGGGCUUUGGUGCCGGGCAGGAGGAGGACGAGGAGAGAAUGGCGGCGGCAGUGGUGGCGGCGGCCCGGGUGUUGAAGCGCAAGGCUCCCCGAGGCUUCCUGAGGAACCUCAUCAAGCGACGGAAGCCUCAGCUGCACCUCAAGUCUGGCGUCGACCUGUGGGUACACUUGAACUGUUUACUAUUUCUUCAUCGAUUAGCAGAAGAAACCAGGAUGCAGGCUUUUCAGAACAAGAGUAGGAUAAUUAAGGACAAGCAUAUUAUUGCUGCAGCAAAGGUGAUUUUAAAGAAGAGCAGGGGUUAGAGCCUAAAGAUCAUAUCAUGUGAAACUGUAUAACAUAUUCUCUCAUUAAAUGUUAAUAAAGAAGUGUGCUUUUUAACAACUUUUUAAAACGUGGAACGUUAGCUACAUAAGUUGGGCAAGCUUUUGUACUGCUGGUGUUGAAUUUGUAUACUGGGUAUAUUCAUUUAUUCAUUCUACAAAUGUUUAUUAAGUACUUCUACAGUGUUAUUUCUUAGUGAAAGUACAAAGAUAAAUAGAACAUAGCUGUUUUCAUAAUUGGCACAUAAGCUUCUGAGUGUACUUGUGGUCUACUUGUGGUAAUGACAGGAACACAAAUAUGCAAAUAAAAUAUCAGAUAGACUUUAACACUUU